AUGCUGGAUAGGAAGAGACUGCAGGCGUGCGGCCGGGCCAGCGAGUACGACUACGUCAGCUACCAGUCGGACCUGGGCCCGUACCCGGGCGGGCGCUUCUACGCCAAGCCCCACCAGUGCGUGGCCAUCCCCGCCGACCUGCGGCUCUGCCACAGCGUGGGCUACGACAAGAUGGUGCUGCCCAACCUGCUGGACCACGAGACCAUGGCCGAAGUGAAGCACCAGGCGAGCAGCUGGGUGCCGCUGCUCAACAAGAACUGCCACAUGGGCACCCAGGUCUUCCUCUGCUCCCUCUUUGCCCCUGUCUGCCUGGACCGGCCUGUCUACCCGUGCCGCUGGCUCUGCGAGGCCGUGCGUGACUCCUGCGAGCCCGUCAUGCAGUUCUUCGGAUUCUUCUGGCCCGAGAUGCUUAAGUGUGACCAGUUUCCCCAGGACGACGUCUGCAUUGCCAUGACGACUCCCAAUGCCACCGAGGUCUCCCGGCCCAAAGGGACGACUGUGUGUCCGCCUUGUGACAACGAGAUGAAGUCGGAGGCCAUUGUGGAGCACCUGUGUGCCAGCGAGUUUGCUCUCAAGAUGACCAUAAAGGAAGUGAAGAAGGAGAACGGGGACAAGAUGAUCGUCCCGCGGAAGAGGAAGGCGCUGAAGCUGGGGCCCAUCCGGAAGAAGAACCUGAAGAAGCUUGUGCUGUUCCUGAAGAAUGGGGCCGACUGUCCCUGCCAUCAGCUGGACAACCUCGGCCACUACUUCCUCAUCAUGGGCCGUCAGGUGAAGACCCAGUACCUGCUGACAGCCAUCUACAAGUGGGACAAGAAGAACAAGGAGUUCAAGAAGUUCAUGAAGAAGAUGAAGUCUCCUGACUGCCCGACGUUUCCAUCUGUCUUCAAAUGA